CUGGGGUGACUGUCGUGAAUCUCCUGUCGGAGGCCUUGGCUGGCCCGCGCAAGUGGGCGUGGUAGGUAGGGGCGGGGCUGGGUGAAGGUGCAAGGGGCCCGUACCUGACCCGCAAGAGGUCUGCUCUGCGUAUCCUGCCGCGCUGCACCAGGAAACAGGAUGGAGAGUAGGUGCUACGGAUGCGCUGUCAAGUUCACCCUCUUCAAGAAGGAGUAUGGCUGUAAGAACUGUGGCCGGGCCUUCUGUUCCGGCUGCCUUAGCUUCAGUGCAGCAGUUCCCCGAGCUGGAAACACUCAACAGAAGGUCUGCAAGCAGUGCCAUGAGGUUCUGACCAGAGGAUCUUCUCCUGCCAGUGCCUCCAAGUGGUCACCACCUCAGAACUAUAAGAAGCGUGUGGCAGCAUUGGAAGCCAAGCAGAAGCCCAGCACUCCCCGGAGCCAUGGACUGACCCAGCAAGAUCAAGUCAUUGCUGAGCGCCUAGCACGGCUCCGCCGGGAGAACAAGCCCAAGUCAGUGCCCUCGCAGGCGGAGAUAGAAGCCAGGCUAGCUGCACUGAAGGAUGCACCCCAGGGUCCCGUCCCCUCCACCCAGGAGAUGGAGGCAAGGCUCGCUGUGCUGCAAGGCAGAGUUCCAUCUUCUCAGGCCCCCCAGCUGGCACAUCAACCACCGGACCCCAGGACCCAGGUGCAGCAGGCACAGGAUCUGCUGACACAGCUAACAGUGGAGGUGGCUAUUGAUGAGAGCUGGGAACAAGAAGGCCCAGCCACCUCUAUCCAGAACGACCUCAACCGGGGAGGCCCAGGGGCCCAGAGCACCAGUUCCAGGGGGCAAGCCACCUGGGCCCUGGAGGAGGAGAAGAGAAGGUUGCUGGCUGAGGCAGCAGUCGAGCUUCGGGAGGAGAACACGCGGCAGGAGCGCAUCCUGGCCCUCGCCAAGCGCCUGGCUGUGCUGCAGGGACGGGACCCUGACAGAGUGACCCUCCAGGACUACUACCUUCCAGACAGCGAUGAUGAAGAGGAGGAAGAGAAGGCCAUCCAGAGAGUCCUGCGGCAGCUUACCGAAGAAGCUGCCCUGGAUGAGGCAAGUGGCUUUAACAUCCCUGUGGAGCCAACUCCCCAACCCCAAGACCAGUCCUGCGGGGCAGAGCCUAAGGCCCAGGCCAUGGCCACCAGGCCUGAGGAAGAGGAAGAGGAGCUCCCUUGGUGCUGCAUCUGCAAUGAGGAUGCCACCCUUCGCUGUGCUGGCUGCGACGGAGACCUCUACUGCAACCGCUGCUUCCGGGAAGGCCACGAUGCCUUUGAGCUUAAAGAGCACCAGACAUCUGCCUACCAGCCCCUGCAUAAAGGCCGAGGGCACUGAGGGAGCCCUGGUCCUCCCGGGAAGGUCAUCCUACAGGCAAGCACACAGGCUGGGGCGCCCUCCAGGGCAUCUGAUGGGAGGACAUGACAGGCUGGACUGCUUAUGAAUGUGCCCUUUCCUAAGCCUCCGUUCCUGGAAGGAGGAAGGAUUCUCCAUUGGAGACAAUGACUGGAGGAGCCAGAGAGAAGGCAGAGGUCAGGAGCCUUCCAGCGCUGGAGUCUGGAUUGGAAGUGAGAGACAGGGCAAGACCAGUCUGAAUCUAAGAAGGAGCCUUGAAACUUGCUCAAGAGCCCAGGGCCCUCCGCUGGCACUUAGAGGGUUUAAUAAAGUGUGUGAUUCAUUGGA